GAGCGACCAGCACAUUUACCGCCAUACACACGACAUCGUCGCCAUGGCCGCAGUCUACAAGAGCUUGUCCAAGCCGGACAGAGGGGACGAGGAAAAGACGGCCGGCCCCAAAAAGCACAAGCAGCGCGUGCUGAUUCUGAGCUCGCGCGGCGUCACCUACCGACACCGACACCUCAUGAACGACCUUUACUCGCUGAUGCCACACAGCCGCAAGGAUGCCAAACUCGACACCAAGACGAAGCUGUACCAGCUGAAUGAGCUCGCCGAUCUGUACAACUGCAACAAUGUUCUAUUCUUUGAGGCGAGAAAAGGCAAGGAUCUCUAUGGGUGGAUUUCAAAAGCGCCAAACGGGCCAACUGUGAAAAUGCACAUUCAAAACAUCCACACCAUGGAGGAACUCCACUUUACCGGCAACUGCCUCAAAGGCUCCCGCCCCAUCCUCUCAUUCGACGCCGCAUUCGACAAAACCCCCCAUCUCCGCGUCCUGAAAGAACUCUUCCUGCACACCUUCGGCGUGCCCAAGACCUCCCGCAAGAUCAAGCCCUUCGUCGACCACGUCAUGGGCUUCACCAUCACCGACGGCAAGAUCUGGAUCCGCGUCUACCAAAUCAACGAAACCGCGCCCGGCAAGCCAAAGCCCACCGCCGACGGCGAGAUGGAGGUGGACCCGGCGCCAGCCCCCAAAAAAGGCAAGAACGUCGAAACCAACAUCAGCCUUGUCGAGAUCGGCCCGCGGGUCGUCAUGACCCCGAUCGUCAUCCUAGAGGGCAGCUUCGGCGGCCCCGUCAUCUACGAGAACAAGGAGUUCGUCUCGCCCAACCAGAUCAGAUCGGACCUGCGGCAGUCGAAAGCCGGCAAGUACAAUCGGCGGAGCGAGCAAGGGCUGGAGAGGAAGGUCAAGCGCGGCGAUCUGGGCCUCAAUACUUACGGCGGCCGGAAGAAGGAGAAGGACGCGCUGGACAACAAGGUUGUGUUUGCUUAGAUAUACCACUAACACGUGGACCCCCGUGGCGUUUCUUGGCGAUAUGGCAAUUUCCUGGGAUUGUAUUUGGGACAUCGUGGUCUUCGACGGGGACACCAAAAGCGGAACUGGCCGCAUUGGGGGGGGCUUCUCAGUGUCUCUUCGGUUGUAGAGUCGCAUGGUAGGUAGACUCGAAUUAACACUUCUUAAUUCCCAUACACUUCCACA